AUGACUCUCCCAGACCGCGUUUACAACUCCAUCAUCAGACCUGACAAGGAUGAGGUGCUGGUGCCAACCGCUGCUCCCAAGUUGGACUCUUCUGUCGUCGAAAGAUUUCUCAUGAAGGGGAAAGUGGCUGUAAUUACAGGUGCAGCAGGCGCCAUCGGAGGUGCUAUCGCUGAGGCUUUUGCUCAAGCUGGAAGCAACGUGGCCAUCAUGGACUUCAAGUACAGCCCAGAUCUCGACAAGAGCUUGUCCGAAACCUACGGCGUUAAGGUGAAGUCGUAUCCUGUCGAUGUGACCGAUUACGAACAGGUCGAGCACGUCAUCAAGGAAAUCGAAGAGGACUUUGGAACGAUCGACACCUUCAUUGCCAAUGCCGGUAUUGCCUGGACCACCGGGUCGAUCUUGAACGAGGAAAGUACAGUCGACCUGUGGAAACGUGUCUUUGACGUCAAUGUCCAUGGUGUCUUCAACUGUGCCAAAGUGGUGGGCCAGAUUUUCAAGAAAAACGGCCAUGGCUCUCUCAUCAUGACUGCCUCCAUGAGUGGUCACAUUGUUAACGUCCCAAACUAUCAAACGUGUUACAACGCAUCCAAGGCUGCCGUGUUGCACAUGUCCAAAUCUUUGGCUGUCGAAUUUGCUGGCUUUGCUCGUGUUAAUACCGUUUCGCCAGGUUACACAGACACACCAUUGUCGGACUUUGUGCCAACCAGUCAAAGAGCAAAAUGGUGGGGCUUGACUCCAAUGGGUAGAGAAGCGUUGCCAACAGAAUUGGCUGGUGCUUAUUUAUAUUUGGCCAGUGACUUGUCCACUUUCACCACAGGAACCGACAUCAGAGUUGAUGGUGGCUACUGCUCAGUUUAA